GUGGCAAAUUUACAAAACAGUAUGCAAACUUGGGAGAACGACAUGAUUUCGUUGCUAAACUCUCUGACCCCAAAUCAAUUCCACAGUAAUCAAGCUUCCAAAGCUCAACCAACUGGUCGACUUCGCGCAGCACGAGCCGCGCUGUUUGCGAAUAUAACCCCCAGAAAGUUUCAAAACUUUGAUACCCAUCCUUCAUCUUGGCUGCUUGAAGUCGGCAGCAAGAAGGUUGGAAGUACAAUCGAGCUUGCGAGUCCCCUCAGUCCAAGUUGUGGUUUGGAGCUGAGAGGAGGAAGUUGUUUGAUGGUGAUUGGGAUGAGAUCCCAAACUAGACACAGAAACAUUCGAGUAUUUGUAUGUUUUCUUCCUCUCCACGGCCUUCUUCAUGGCUAUGUGUGUGUGUGUGUGUGUGUGUUUACCGUAGCAUAAACACCACUUCGCAGAACCAUGUUCGUGAUUGUUCCUUGAUACACAUAUACGGAUCCCUCGUAUCCUCUGUUUCCAGGGUGGUCAGUCACUCAGGCCGAGGCAGACCAGGGCAUGUAAGACAAAACAUAAUAAACCAACGACACCAGCCGCGAUC